AUGAAUAGAGAAAGAACUUUAGAUUCUACCCCUUGUGAUCUAUUUCUCGAGAUAAUCUCGAGAUUACCUGCAAAGUCAAUUGGGAGGUGUCGUUGCGUGUCCAGGCUAUGGGGGUCCAUGAUUCGCGGUCCAUAUUUCACUGAGUUGUUCUUGACCAGGUCUUCGGCUCGUCCACGUGUCUUAUUUGCUGUCAAAAGAGACCGUGAGUGGCUCUUCUUCUCGUCGCCUCAUCCUCAGAAUCUAUAUGAGAAGUGGCCUCUUGUAGUAGCCACCGAUUUUCAUACCAAGUUCUCUGAAGACAUAAACGAAUACAUUUGUAGAUAUUCGUCUGGUUUGAUCCAUUUCUCUGAUAGGUGGAUCUCAAAAGAGGAGGUGAUAUGUAACCCUAUCACGGGACAGUAUACGAUCUUACCUAAACUGAUGUCGUACGGAGUGUCGAGAAGCGUUGUAGUAUUUGAUCCGAUUGACAAGCAUCAUAAGGUAUUCCGCAUGAACUCUGUAUGUUAUAAUGAAACGGUUCAUUAUAUUAUGACAUUAGGAACUGAAAAAUUGACAUGGAGGAAGAUCCAAUGUCGUCCCUUAAGCUAUAGGGAUGGGCAUGAAGGGAUAUGCAUCAAUGGGGUUUAUUAUUACUUUGCUGUACGAACUGACAAAGAGUACUAUGAAACGCAUGUGAUAGUUUGCUUUGAUGUUAGGUCUGAGAUAUUCAAGUUUAUUGAGGUGGAAUCCUUUUAUAAUUCGCAAUUGAUGAACUAUAAGGGUAAAUUAGUUGCUAUUAAUUUGACGUAUAACGACUCUGGUGGAAGGCUUCACUUUGAGUUGCAUACGUGGGUUCUUGAGGAUGUUGAUGAGAAACAUGAAUCGUCAAAAUGUGUCAAUAGCAAUAGAGUUGCAUACGUGGGUUCUUGA